AUGGCCAGCCCUGCAAGUCGUUACAGCACUCAUAAGCCCGUCUCCAUCAAUACAUCAGACAAUCCGCUUACGACGCUUAUUCGCAGACUUGAAGCAGCAACCUCUCGAUUAGAAGAUAUUGCCUCGUCGGCCGCGAGCUAUGAGGGCAACGAUCAGAACUCUGCGAAAGGCAAUGGGGCUGCUUCUGCAGUCGCCGUGGGUGGCAUAACACCUCAGAGCCAUGCGGGUAGUGCGGCGGAACCGCAAACAGGCAGUAAAGGGGUCGCCCCAGUAGCUGUAGCAGCACCAGCUGAAGACUUGCCUACCGUGAUCACAGCGAUGGAUGAGAUUAUAGACACGCAAGGGAAGAGCUUUGUGGAAGCGAGUCGAGGCGUUAAUCCUCUGGUGGAGGAACAGGCAUCCUUCGUAGCACAAGCCUUUGCCGAUCAACGACGCUUCCUUCUCGUCUCAACGAAAGCCAAGAAGCCGGAUAUGCAGUCGCCAGAGACGUUCAAUGUCCUUCUCAACGACCUACAGCAACACUUGGGCAAGGUGGGAGACAUUCGGGACAGUCAUCGAGCGAGCCCAUUGAAGGAGCAUCUGGCCAUGGUGGGCGAGGGUGUGGCAGCCCUACAGUGGCUGCUUAUGGAUAGCAAACCGGCAGACUUUGUUGGUGAAACUCUUGGUGGAGCACAGAUGUAUGGCAACAGAGUGCUGAAGGAGUACAAGGAGAAAGACCCAGCACACGUCAAGUUCGUCCAAUCCUACUACGCCCUCCUCAAAGCCCUCCAGGCCUACGUCAAAGAACACUACCCACGAGGCUUAACCUGGAACAAUAAUGGUCCAGACGCCAUACAAACUUACCGUGACCUCGAUGCCUCCAAAGCGACCACCAACGGCGCGCCACCAACAUCUGGCGGCGCACCUCCACCCCCACCACCACCUCUUCCAAACUUCGACAACGUGCCCGGAGUACCUCCGCCACCACCCGGAGCCGCUCCCAAAGCCGUACCUCCAGGAGGCGACAUGGGCGCCAUCUUCGAACAGCUCAACCGCGGCGAAAGCGUAACCUCCGGCCUGAAGAAAGUAGACAAUUCCCAAAUGACGCACAAGAACCCGUCUCUACGUGCCGAAGGCGUCGUCGCCUCGGAUUCCAGGUCUAAGAGUCCCGGUCCAGGCAUCAAGCCUAAACCGCAGAGUAUGCGCCAAAACUCCACGACCUCCACCUCGACCACCACCUCCGCCGCACCCGCAAAGAAAGUACCUGAGAAAAAAGAAUUAGACGGCAGCAAAUGGAUCAUCGAGAACUUCGACUCCCCCAACCAACCAAUAACCCUAGAAGUGGAAAUCAGCCAAUCCAUCCUCAUCUCCCGCUGCAAAAACACCACCAUCAUCCUCCGGGGGAAAGCAAACGCCAUCUCGAUCGACAACUCCCCGCGCCUCCAAAUCCUCCUCGAAACCCUCGUCUCCAGCGUCGACGUCAUCAAAUCCCCGAACUUCGCUAUCCAAGUCACCGGUUCCUUACCCACGAUCCUGCUCGAUCAGGUGGAUGGCGCGAGUGUGUAUCUAGGGCAGGAGAGCCUGCGGACGGAGAUUUUCACGAGUAAAUGCUCGAGUAUUAAUGUUGUUUUGCCACCUCAGCGGGAGGAGGAUGAUGGGAAAGAAGUGGCGUUGCCGGAGCAGAUGAGGACGGUUGUUAGGGAUGGGAGGUUGGUCAGUGAAAUUGUUGAACAUGCUGGUUGA